UCAAGAGUAACCGGCAAUUAUAUCCCCCACAGUUGUAUGAGUUGUAUCGCCUAGCUCAUGUGAAGGACUUAUCCAAAUUGGUCCAAUUUGCUAAACAGAGGAGUGGACAUGCCACUGAGGUCUCUUAUCCAGUAAUAUUGAAAGCAAAGGACGGGCAUGUGUCUUUACUGCCAGGUGAUGACCUUUACCCCACAACUUUAGACUUCAACGACAAUACAAUUGAAUUUAUAGAUAAAUCUAUAUUAGAGUUAAGACAAGGUUGUAAGACCCUACAUAGACUAGAAUUUACGAAAAAGUCAAAGCAGUUUAUUAUUGAGAACUAUAAACCUGAACACCACAUAGUCAUGGAAGACAAUACUUACCUAGCUAACACAGUCUAAAAUACGUCAAUAAUUCCAGUUCAUGCCUUAAACAUUGGCCUUAUUAGAAGUACAAUAAGAAGUCGUAGCUGUAAAGCUAUUUGAAAGGGUUUUGGUACAUUUGAGUGAGGUGACGAUGGCGACUUCAGGGCACACGUGGCCUAACAGCCAGGACGACUACGAGCUGCUCGAUGUGAUCGGAGUGGGCGCCACAGCCGUCGUGCACGCCGCCUUCUGCCGCCCGCGCGGCGAGAAGUGUGCCAUCAAGCGCAUCAACCUCGAGAAGUGGAACACUUCUAUGGAUGAGCUUCUCAAAGAGAUCCAAGCCAUGUCGAGCUGCAACCACGAGAACGUGGUCACAUACUACACCAGCUUUGUGGUGAAAGAGGAGUUAUGGCUCGUUCUGAGGCUUCUAGAAGGAGGCAGUCUACUUGACAUCAUUAAACACAAAAUGAGGAUAUCUAAUUGCAAACAUGGCGUGUUCGACGAGGCGACCAUCGCAACCGUACUGAAGGAAGUCCUUAAAGGAUUGGAGUACUUUCACCAAAAUGGUCAGAUCCACAGAGAUAUCAAGGCUGGAAAUAUCCUACUCGGUGACGACGGUAUCGUCCAGAUUGCUGACUUCGGUGUUUCGGCUUGGCUCGCCACCGGCCGUGACCUGUCGCGGCAGAAGGUGCGACAUACCUUCGUAGGGACACCAUGUUGGAUGGCUCCCGAGGUCAUGGAGCAGAACCAUGGAUAUGAUUUCAAGGCCGACAUAUGGUCUUUUGGAAUCACAGCUAUAGAGAUGGCUACUGGUACCGCACCCUACCACAAGUAUCCGCCGAUGAAAGUGCUCAUGCUCACAUUGCAGAAUGACCCGCCGACCCUCGAUACCGGCGCAGAGGAGAAGGAUCAGUACAAGGCUUACGGCAAGACGUUCAGGAAAAUGAUAUUCGAGUGUCUGCAAAAGGAUCCCGCAAAGCGGCCCACCGCGACCGAGCUGUUGAAGCACUCGUUCUUCAAGAAGGCCCGCGACCGCAAGUACCUGGUGUCGACGCUGGUGACCAUCGGGCCCAGCAUGGAGACCCGCGUGCACAAGGCCAGCCGCCGCCAGCCCGGCGCGUCCGGCCGCCUGCAUCGCAUGGAGACCGGCGAGUGGGUGUGGGAGAGCGAGGAGGACGACGACGACGAGGACGACGCGGCGCGCGACCGGCCCAUGAACACGCUGGCGCGCGCCGACAGCUCGGACAGCGACAGCGACGACCGCGCCGCCUUCACCAUCGGCUCGCUGGCCGCGCCCGCCACCGACGCGCCGCAGAUCAACCUGGUGCUGCGCAUGCGCAACGCGCGCAACGAGCUCAACGACAUCCGCUUCGAGUUCGCGGCCGGCAAGGACUCGGCCGACGGCAUCGCCACGGAGCUGGUGGGCGCGGGGCUGCUGGACGCGCGCGACGCGGGCGUGACGGCGCAGCAGCUGCAGCGGCUGGUGGACGACCUGCUGUUCGCCGCGCCCGCGCCGCGCUCCGCCACCUUCCGCCUGCCGUCGGCGCCGCCCGAGCCCAGCGACGAGCAGAGCCUGCUGGGCUUCGCGCAGAUCUCCAUCGUGGACUGAGCCGCGGCCGCGCGUCGGGGACAUGGAAUACGUUAGCUGUAGAUGUGUAUGCGGCGGUGGUUUUGGUGUGCGAAGGCGGCCGUCUGUAGUCCCGCGCCGCUGCGGCUUUGUGUACGAAAACUAUCGCCGCGUAGCUCAAAUGAAUGUAUAUUUUACAUUAUGAUUAUAAGGGUGAAUCUGAAUUUAUAAGAGUAUUUUUUGUGAUCGUACCGUGUCAAUUUGCUGCUUUCCAACACUGUAAUCGAUUAGUCCCCACUUGCAAAUCCCGCUUUGCUAAAUAACAGAUGACAGAAUGACUUGAUGGUUCGCGCAGGCGUAAUGAGGAUAUCCACGCAUAAGUCAGCACUUUUAGCAUAUUUUACGUUUUGUAAUAAAGAGCUAUCUAAUAUUUGUAAUACUUAUAUUACUAGUUAACAACUUCCAAGUGCCAUAUUUUUAAAUAUGAAUGGAUAUAAAUUGUAUACUGUUAAGUUCACAGUGAUAAAAUUGCGUAUAAUAAUCAUUACAGUGUUAAUUUUAAAUAGCAGGUCUAUAUAGCACCAUAGAAUGUUCUUUUUACAUUGUUAUUUGUUUGUUGCUUAUUUUGGAAGUAUUUUAAUAAUAAAAGAUAAAAUCGA